AUGGAUAAAAACAUGAAAGAAAAUAAAAUAGAAAGAUAUCAUAAUCACAACAAAAAUAAAACAAAAAGGUGGAUUGAUUUACCAGAAAAUCGAGAUAUAUUAUCUAAUUCUGUUAAUAAGUGUUUUAUUAAUAUUCCCCAGGAAAAAAGUAAAUUCAAAUUAAGAAGAAUGUACACAAUAGAUUCUGCUGAUUUAGUUUAUGGACCUAAAUUAUAUGAACUUCCAAAAACCGACCAAAUGAACAGUUCAGAAAAUAAAAAAUAUUUUUCUAGCGAAAAAAAAAAAAAAAAGGAUUGUAAUUAUGAGGCCAAGAAUAAAACUCGUUGUCUUAUGGAUAAAAAAUCAGAGCCAACAAUAAAUUCACCAAUUGUACCUAUGGAGAAUAACGAUGAUAAGAUUCCAUCCUUCGGAACACAAUUCCACGAAAAGGGAACUUGCAACCCCUGCCGAUAUGAAUGGACCAGAGGAUGUCACAUGGGCAAGUUUUGCAGAUUUUGUCAUCAUUCUUCUCAUGUUCCUAUUGGAACUGCUCGAGUUGUUCCAGAUCCCAAAACUUUAGCAACAACAAAAGUUAGGCCAGAGAAUAUUUUAACUAACCAAAAGAUAGCAAGUUACACUGAAACUUUAAAUUCGCUAGUUGAACCCAAACCCCCAAGCAAUUCACAUAACGACAGAACAAAAACAAACAAUAAUUAUCAAUUAAUUGAGCAUGUCACAAAAUUCGACUGUAAUAAUGUUAUCAUUUGCCAAGAUGACGGUUCACAAAAUAAUUAUCCUUUUUCAAAAAAGUUACAAAAUAUUCCAAAGUUGUCAAAUAAUCCUAAUAAAAAGAAAAAUUAUAAAAAUAAUAAUUAUUAUGUUGGGCCAUAUAAUUUAAAUAAUAUGGAUCCUUUAUAUAUUCCAUAUAUAAAUUUCGCAAAUCAUAUGAAUGAUUAUGAUCAAAGUAUUUAUAAUUAUUUUUUAAUUAACCCAUAUUUUUAUUCUACAUUCAAAAAUUAUAUAUUACCUAAUACAUUAGUAAAUACCAUCCCCCAAAAUAAUAUGAUUAAGACCAUUAAACAUAUGAACCCUAUUAUGGGAAAUUAUGUUAUUCAAUCUAUUACAUCUUGA